UCCGUCUUCUGUCUUCCGUCCUUUGUCCUUCCGUCUCGUUCUCUGUAUCUAUGCUCCAGUCUCCACCGCCGUUUUGGGUUUACCAGUUAUUCUAAUUAAAAUCAAACCACUCUUCCUUCUUCGCGCCUUUCUGUCCGAAAAUCUCCGUAAUUACCCUAAUUUCUCUUCUUCUACUCACUCAUCUUCGCCUUUCUAGUUUAAGAUGGAUUCUUCAGUGGAGGAUUGCUCUUCUGAUACUCUUAGAUUUAUGGAGCUUGCCAUUCAGCAGGCCAAGCUCGCACUAAACAACCUUGAAGUGCCUGUGGGCUGUGUGAUUGUUGAAGAUGGGAUGGUCAUUGCCACUGGAAGAAACCGCACUACUGAGACCCGAAAUGCCACCAGACACGCAGAGAUGGAAGCUAUUGAUAUCCUGAUUGAGGCAUGGCAGAGGGAUGGGCUUUCAACCUCAGAAGUGGCUGAUAAAUUCUCGAAGUGCAAACUUUAUGUUACCUGUGAACCAUGCAUUAUGUGUGCUUCUGCACUAUCAAUAAUUGGUAUAAAGGAAGUAUAUUAUGGUUGUGCAAAUGAUAAGUUUGGUGGAUGUGGAUCUAUAUUGUCGCUUCACUUAGGUAGCGGGGAGGCACCUACAAGCGGUAAUGGGCUAGGAAGGGGGUUCAAAUGUACUGCAGGAAUAAUGGCAUCAGAAGCAGUUGGUCUCUUUCGAAGUUUUUAUGAACAGGGGAAUCCCAAUGCUCCAAAACCUCACAGGCCGCUCGUUAACCAUCAGGCAGGCCAAUGAGAGGCUUUUGAAAUGAGGUUGCGUUUGGUUAUGAUUCUGUUCCUGUCAAAACCGACAUUAGCAGUGAGAAGAGCUUUUGAAUUCGGCAAAGGCGAAUGGUGGAUGAAUUUCAAUUCCCAUUUAGUACUUGUUUCAAACAAGAUUAGUUUUUGAGCUUGAAGAUACCAACCUCGAGGUCAUGAUAUACAAUAUCUGUCCCCUUGCCAUUGGAACUGCUUCCUGAACUAGUCCUAUAUGUUCACAUAUUGAUUCAAACUCGGAUUGCAAUUAAAUCAUUUAUAUCUACUAUGAAUCAGUUUUCAGCUUCAAAUGUUCGCAAAUAGAUAUUACUGGAAAGUCAAAUCGGUAGAGAGAGAGUAGUGAUUGAAAGGCUAGAGGAAAAACUUCCACCGAAUAUAGUGGCUUACAACUAGAGGUGGAACUAUUUUAUUGUUGUCCAAUGGCUUGGUUGAAGCAUUCUGAAUUUAUUCAAACGCGGUAGUGAAUUUGAAAUGACUGGUUUUGUACCACCCUUUUGAACUUGAAUUAGUGUCAUUUAUGCAAAACUAUGGAGAGCCAAAACUCAAAUGAAAGAGGGAUAGGAAAUUCAGAUGGAGGAGAGCAAUUGGAUAACUGCAAAGCUUGUUCAUUGCCUGUUGCACACACAAUGCUUGAAUGGGGUGGGAAAUUGCGGUGUCCUCUUUGGGGACUGAUUCAUUUUCUUCCAUCUGAGGGUUUGUUUACAUUUUUCACUUUUUUGCAUGUCCUUCUAUUUGUUCUAUUGGAUGGAACGCAAAACAAGGUUGCCAUUACCAUCAUAAGUUGAUAUUCAAAUUGUCAGUUUUGAGAUUUAA